AUGGAUGAAAACAAAAAUGCUAACUCCUCAGAACCUCCUACAUCUUCACGAACAAACCAAACUUACCAAGAAAACGAUGAUGCUUCAAUUACCUCCAAGGAAUUGGUAACACACAUAAUUGAUUUUACAACUAGUACAGCCGUCGAAACUGGACGACCAAUUUCCACACUACCAACUAGCCAAAACGACAAAAUGGUAAUAAGCAUCCAACCAAAAACAUCUAUACCACUUCUUAUAUUCAGUAGAACAACUUCAUGCUUAAUGCAAAACACGGAUAGACCUCUAGAAAACGAUCCGAAGCCUCCUAUAUCUUUUGUGUCUCUUCCAAACCAACCCCAGUCACUAUUCUUACUCACUCUAGCGAAAUUGAACGAGAGCUCCAUAAGUUUAGCAAUCUCUAACAAUCGACAGAUAACCAGUUUGCUGAACUCUCAAAAAAUUUGCAACACUGCCUUGCCAGAACCAUCGCCCCCUAAUUCAUUGACAAGUGCCCCACCAUCAUACUCCUUUGUACUACGACAAAUGAACGCAAGAAGACGACCUCGAUUAAUGGGAACGUUUAUUCCUUCUCCAUCCUUUGUGCAGCAUUCACCACCUCCUAAUUAUGCAGCUGCUUUUGAUAUCUACAUGGAUAACACUCUACCGCCCCCACCUACAAGGGCAUAUCAUUUUGGUUUUACCCCUACACCAGUAAUUUGCACAGAAUGUGGGUAUACAGGUAUGACUUUAGUACGGACAAAAGUAACGCUAUGUACGCAUUUAUGUGCCUUUAUACUAUGCCUGUUAUGUUGCUGGAUAUGUGCUCCGUUGCCCUAUGUUUUGCGUUCGUGUAAAGAUGUUUACCAUUAUUGCAGAAAUUGCCGUAAUUAUUUGGGAAUGUAUUGCCCUACGAAUCCAGAUAACUCAUAUUCGUGA